AUGGCUUCGAACCAGCUCCUCUCCCUGGUAGGCUGGGCCUUCCUCCCGAACCUGAUCACGUCCUACCUCCAGCCUGUCUUGUACACCGUCUUCAUCCGCGCUGGCGACCCGAAGCCUCAGCCUGGUACGGCACGCUUCAACAGAGAUCGGCGCAACCUCCGCGUCGCCGGCAUUGUGGCUUACCUGCUUUACACCAUCUACGAAGCAGACUAUCAACUUCAUCGAGCCGUCCAUUUCUACCGCCUUCUUGGCUUGACGCCCCAUGCCACCGAACGCGAGAUUCAGAGCAAGUUCCGUCGUCUGACCGUUCAAUUCCACCCGGACAAGGCUACUGGCCCCGACAAAGCACAAAUCGAGCGCAUCUAUGUCCAGCUCAAGAUCGCUCGAGACACGCUCGUCGACCCUGCCAAGCGAUUUGCCUACGAUCGAUUCGGCCCGGACAUUCUAGGCUGGCAGAAUUGCAAGCUCGUCCGCGACUUCAUCUUCUCUGGUCUCCAAGGAACGCUCGUCUACUACAUCGGAUCAGCCGUUGCGUUAGUCGUCUUGGGUGUGUUGGGCUAUCUGCGCCAAGGCGUCUUCUGGAGAUACCUAGUCAUGGCAAGCUUGUUCGUCAUCGAAAUGCAUACGGUGACUCGCCCACACUUUCCACCCUUGCUCACCACGGUCGUCAACCCAAUCGUCGCUGCAACUGGAGUGAGGUCGCCAUAUCUGCCAUUUCAGAUGAUCACACUUUUGCGGAAGCUGGCCGUCACAUUCUUCAUCGCCAUGUCACAGCUUGGACCACUUUUUCAGGACCCGAAGCAAGCCGCCGCUGGUGAAGGAUCAAGCAUUCCGCCUCAGCAGCUCGACAGCAUCGAUGCCUUGGCAGCGGUGACGGAUCAAGAAGUCACGAGACUGCUCGCUUUCGAGCUCUCGCCAUUUGCCAGUGAUGAAAAGGCUGCGAGAGAGCUGAGAGGUACACUCAAGGACUGGCUGGUGCAGAACAGUAUCCGCAAUGACCCUGAGGUCAAGAUGGCAAUUGAGAGGCACUUCGAGCGUCGAAGACGAGAAGGUGUUGGGGAAGUUCGGUGA